AUGCUAUCGAUAAAGGCCCCUGUGAAACUGGCAUGUCUGCCAUGCCGUGCCAUCAAGACCCGUUGUGAUGGGCAGAAUCCUUGCACCAAUUGUUAUAACAAUCGCCGGGAGUGCCGCUAUCGCCCUAGUCGACGAGGCGGGGCGCGCAAAGGGAACGCAUUCAAGACAAGGAAGCGUGCCAUUGCUGAAAUCAAUACGCCAUCCCCCUCCGUGCCAUCGGGCCCAGUAGAAACCCAAGGUCUUCCUUAUGCAUUCGCCAGCAUCCAGAAUGUCAGAGGUUUAUCUGCCGGUGAUCUCGCAUCGGAUGAAAACAGUAUUCCUGCUUUCCAGCUGGGGUCACUCACAAUAAGAGCAUAUGGAUGUGAGGCAGAUCUGGUCAACGCCUAUUAUGUCUUUAUCCACCCCUAUUUUCCGGUGUUGCCCCCACCGGCGGUUGCUCAAUAUGAGGACCGCCCAUUUGCGAUCUCGCUGCGAACCGUUCAAGCGGAUCAUGAAUCCUUGCCUUACUGGCCAACGUCACCCUUUGCGUUGGCUUUGUCCGCGAUCCUCGUCCUGUUUCCUUUGCCAGAAGAUCCACAUCCCAUGUCUGAAGCUGCAGUCAAUGCGCGUCAGUCAUACGCCGAACUCUAUGCACAUGCGGCAAUGAGCAGCAUUGAAAAUUGGAUUGAUCUUCCCGAGCCGGCAACGCAUCUCACUAGUAGGACAGUUGAGGGCCCGACCCGGUGGAGUUCGUUGCACCCUGAUCUCCCCCGGAAGCUGGAGUCGAUCUUGGCUCUUGUAUUGCUCGGCAUGUACGAGCUUUGCCAGCGGGGCAACUUGUCGAAGAUGCGCGCUCGAGCCAACCAGGCGCUGACAACCGCUGUGGAUCUGUCAAUGCACACUGCCGACCUUGACGAGUCGGGCUGUUCGGAUGCGCAAAGUCGAGCCUGGUGGAUGACGAUGUUUCUCAGUUAUCAUUCUUCGAUCCUCAAUAAUUCGUGCCCUAUCAUCCUCAUCGAUGACCCUCGGAUCAGCACACCGUACCCAGUAUUCCGUGGCUGUCUUGAACCCUGGCCAUUAUUGGCAAAAGCACAAGAUACACUCCUCCGGACAAGCAACCUAGCAAAGGAGCUCGAGAAAGAGGACAGUAAAUCUAGUCGAUCCCCCACCCUACUUGAUCGUAUUCGUGAGCUUGACUCUCUGAUAUCGUCACUCGCCGCUGAGUCCGAUCGAUAUCGAUGUGUAACAAACCGGCAAGGGGCUGAAUGUUUCGCUCCUCGAAACCUAUGGGCAAUCACAAGUGCCAUAAUUCACAGCGCUCGGAUAAGAUUGCAUCGUUUCAGGGCUUUCUUAGAUCACCCCUUAUUCCUAGGCGAACACUGCGGUCUCACCUCAAUCAACCGUAUCGACUUCCUUAACACCUCACACCCCGUUUCCCCGAGUCGGUUAACCAAAAUCAACUCGACAUUCCCCUUCACCGAGCAGGAAUCCGCCGCUAUAUGCCUGAAAUCAUCACUCACCGUGUCCAGAGUUUUCCGCCACCUAACACCACCAAAUCUAUACUAUACCGAUGCACCUUCCGAUAACGAGGCAUUACCCGGAUCCUCCGCGCCUCGAUUCUGUCCUCGAUCGCUUCCGUAUAUGGCCUGCUGCCAGAUGCAAAGUUUCUAUGCUCUCACAAUGCUCCUGCGAAGGGUUCGCACCUCAUUAUCUUCGGGAGACUUGCAGGCGUGUUAUCACCUAUUGAGCCAGCCUGAGCCUGGCACGGAGGUGCAAGAUGCCGAGCGGUUGGUUGAGGAGCUAUGGCAUGGUCUCGAAUCAUUGAGUGCGUCUAUGAAAGCGGAUGUUGCUUUUGAGGGCGUGAUUGGUAUGGUACGGGAAAUUGAAGGGGUCUGCUUUGCUACCUUGCUCUGA